CAAAGGCUUCCCUUGUCAUCCUCACAAAGCCUCUCUCUCACAUGGGUACUUCUUCAAUUUGGUUGUUGGCUACGUUUGCCUUCCUUCUUGGCUAUGGCGUUGCUGAUAAUAUUAAGGCUUCACAUCAAACUAAUCAUUCCAUCUUUAUUUUAAACCAAACAUACAGACCUUCUUUUCACUUUCAACCUUCCAAGAAUUGGAUGAAUGAUCCUAACGGGCCAAUGAUAUACAAGGGACUCUACCACAUGUUCUACCAACACAAUCCAAAAGCUGCAAUUUGGAGCAACAAUAGCAUUGUAUGGGGCCACUCUGUUUCAUUAGAUCUCAUUAACUGGUUCCCAUUACAACCAGCUCUCACCCCAACUCAACCCUAUGACAUCAAUGGCUGUUGGUCAGGUUCAACCACACUUCUCCAUGGUGCCAAACCAGUUAUCUUAUACACAGGCAAUAACUACAAUGAGGACCAAACUCAAAACUUGGCUAUACCCAAAAAUGUUUCUGACCCAUUUCUUAGAGAAUGGGUAAAAUCACCAAAGAACCCUGUAAUGAGACCCACUAGGGGUAAUAAAAUCAAUGGUACUUCAUUUAGAGACCCCACCACUGCUUGGCUUGGUCAUGAUGGGUUUUGGAGGGUAAUUGUGGGAAGCCAAAUAGGUAACAAUGGAAUUGCACUUUUAUAUCUUAGCAAAGAUUUUGUGAAUUGGGUUGAAGCCAAACAUGCUUUGCAUUCAGCUAAGAAAACAGGGAUGUGGGAGUGUCCUGAUUUCUACCCUGUAUUGGUUCACGGUUCAGAUGGGCUUGACACUUCUGCAAUUAAUGGUCCUGGUCAUCACGUUAGGCAUGUGCUCAAGGCAAUUCCUAGGACUCUAUGGCUUCAUAAAUCUGGGAAGCAAUUGGUACAGUGGCCUAUAGUGGAAAUUGAAAAACUACGUACCAACCCUGUAAACUUACAUUCCAAAGUGCUCAAGGGAGGCACAUUGCUUGAAGUUUCUGGUGUGACAGCAGCACAAGCUGAUGUUGAAAUUUCAUUUGAAGUGAGUGAGCUUGGAAAGGCACAAGCAUUGGACCCAAAUUUGAAACUAUACCCUCAACAUCUCUGUAGUGGAAAGGGCCCAAAAGAAGUGAAAGGAGGAUUGGGACCGUUUGGUUUGCUAGUUUUGGCUUCAAAGGGCAUGCAAGAGUACACAUCAGUGUUCUUUAAGGUAUAUAGGGUAAACAAAAGUUAUGUGGUGCUCAUGUGCAGUGACCAAAGCAGGUCUUCUUUGGAUCACAAGAACGAUUUGACCACUUAUGGAGCUUUUGUGGAUGUGGACCCUGUUCACGAGGAGUUGUCAAUAAGAACCUUGAUAGAUCACUCUGUAGUGGAGAGUUUUGGGGGUCAUGGAAAAGCAUGCAUCACUGCAAGAGUUUAUCCCACGUUGGCAAUCGAUGGUAAGGCACACCUGCAUGCGUUCAACAAUGGAACAGUUGAUGUUAAGAUCACAAGAUUAAGUGCUUGGAGCAUGAAAAAAGCAAAGAAAAUGAAUUGAAAUCAAGAAUAAGAGCAAAUAGUAAGAAAUAAGUAAGCAAGAAUUAGUAGUCUCUUUCUAUUCUUGUACUAGCUAGCCGUUGAUCGGACAUGUUGUGCCAUUCCUUUUUUUUAAUCAGCCAAAUUUAUAUAUAUAUAUAGAGAGCACAAGAUGUGCUAUUAAAUAAUGUCGUGCCAUUCCUUAUUGUUGGCAUUUGAAAAUAAAAGCUGUUAUCAUUUUCUAUUUAUUCAAUAUCAGGCACUUGGUUUAAUUCA